CUCUUCAGUCAGAAGGUCGGAAAAAUUCCGCGAAUUUCAAAACGGUAGACAAGAUGCCAUCAAUACCAGUGCGCAAAGGAACAACAUUGAACAAGAGAAAUCUCCCAGAAACUAAGGAGAGAAACCCAAAAAAUAAAAUUCAAAGUAAUAAUGCAAAUGAUGAAGAUAACCAGGAAAUGGUGGAGGAUAUGGUUGAAAUGGAAAAUGAUGAUCAUGACAAAGAAAAUGUGAAGCCAUCUGCUGUGAUGGAACCACACAAAGAAGACUUGAAAACAAAUGUGACCAAUGAAAGUAGUGAGAGGAAAGAAGUCAAUGCAUUCAAAACACAUAACCCUGAGAAACCUCUGGAUACUAAGUCAAAAAUAAAACAAUAUCAGCAUGUAAACAAAGUGAAGACAAAUGGAGCAAAUGCGGCCACUAAACUGCAAGGUAAUGGGAAGUCGUCUGAAAGACAGUGUAAUGAGAACCAUUCCGCCAAAGCAAAAACAAGGCAUCUGUCUCAUGAGGAGCAAGGUGCACGUCCCAAGACUGCUCUACAUGGCGGCUUUGAGAUGAAAGGAUCUGAGAUUGAUUCUGAGCAAAGGGGUAAUAAAGUUCAUCCUAUGGUGGAAGGACAGAAGAAGAGUGGAAGUAAACUGCUGUCUAUGGUGAAUGAGCCGCUUCAGCAACACAAAGGCCCCAAGUUUGGGUACCUGAGCAGCAAGAAGGACCUGUUGGCUGAGAACAGCCGUCUGAAUGCCCUGCUGCAAACACAGGAGGCUCAGAUCAAACACAUGCAGGGGGCCUUGGAUAGCAACCAGGAAGACAUUGCUAGGCUGCAUCAGGAGACAGAAGACACCAGAGAGCUCUAUGCUGAAACGCUGGUUCGACUUAAUAUUGAUCCAGAGACCAUGAAGCCCAUUAAGCCUAGUGCAGAAAACAGACUGCAGAUGCAGGCAAUCAGGGAGACAGCUAAGAUGAGAGUUGAGUCCCUGUUGGAGCAAUUGGGAGAGAUGCACAAUAAAUCACUAGCUGGACUUGCAUUCUUAAGGGAUGCAUCUCAAAGGAGACUGGACAAGAUGCCCUAUUGUGUCAUCUGUGACCAUGAGGCUAAAAUCAAAACAUCAACUUUUGAUCCAGUUGUUCAGAACAGUCAAGCUCAACAUGUUGGCAUCAGUGCCAUUGACAAACCAAUAUCUGCUAAAGAGUGCUCUGAAAACACUGCAGCAAUCCACAAAUCGGCUGAUGUCAGAAAGGACAAAACAGCAGAAACAUUGGAAGACAAUUUUAAAGCAAUUGACUUGAGCAAGAAAAGUGCUGAAAUUCACACUGAAAAUAUUCAUGCUAAUGAUGAUGGCCUUAUAUUAGCCUGAUGUUUGGUAUGUGAGUCUACCUGCAUGACUUUCUGAUCAAGGUUGAGUUCUUCUUUAAAGUGUGGAGUUGUUCGAUAAAAGUGUAGUGAGGGGGCAUAUGUGCCUUUUGUUGAGGUUUUCAUUUUCUGUAGUAGGUAUAUUUGACUGACCAAUGCCAUGCUUGUACUUUGAUAAAAUGGCAUCUACGUCAAAUACCGUCAUGCAACUAAACUAUGUAUUAAUUGUUUUUAUAACAUUUUAUUUUAUUUACUUUUAAGACCAUUUGAUGAAAUGAUCAGCCAUGGUCUUUUCUGACCUUAUUUUAUUAAACUCUUCCUGGAAAUUAGCUAGGAAACUCACCAAAUUUAAAGUCACUAUAACGCUCAAAAUCAACGAAAAUUUCGUUAAGUAUUUCGUAAAAUAAAGUUAACACCUUAACAAUCAGUGU